CUAAAGAAAUUCUUAAAUUAAUGAUUGCUACUUUCUUGAAGAGACAAACUGACAUUACUAAAAAGAUUGAAGUUGAUUUCUCUAAUCCGUUAAUUGGCUUAACUGGCUUAAACAAAAAUGAUGCCCGAGAACAAGGAGAUUAUGGAAAAGCCAAAGGUAUUGAAAUAACUAAUUAUGAUAAACAAGUGUCCGCUCCAACGAGAAGAAAUCCGGAAGGAGUAAAAGUGUCAGCUCUGAAAGUGAUUUACAAUGCACCUGCGAAAAAAGAUUUCACUAAUAAUCCCGGCAAAUCUUUUCCUGAUGUGGAAGAAGCAUUAAUCAAAAGUAGAAACGCUCCUUUUAAUGGGCUUAUUUUUCGGGAAUUAGUAGAAAUUGUCCGAGAAAAUAAACAAGAUGAGGAGGCGGAUAAUAUUACCAAAAUAAUUAAAGAAUGCGAAGAUGAAGUGGAAAAGCAAGACCCGGAACUUUUUAAACACAUCGACAAAUUAGCAAAAGAAUAUUUAAUAGGAGCCGAACAAAGAUGGAAUGAAAUACUGAAUAAGUGCUUAGAAUAUAAUAAAAAAGAAGAUAACCCUCACGAAAAAAUUAGUGAGGGUGAGGAGCCAGCAAUAAAGAAACUUUUAUCAUCUAUUAAACAAGCACUAGAAAAUGAGAAUCUGAAGCAAAGCUGCGAAAGUUUAAAAAGCACGCUUGACGAGUUAAAAAAUAACAGCGAUUCUCCAGAAUUAUCGAUUUUAAAUUCUUUAAGGUCAGAAACAGUCUACCUAAACAGUUAUUUAGACGAUUGA